CUUCUCACUUGCGAGUUUUUUUUUGAAGUGUCAUACUGUUUAAGGAUGCAAGGAAGGACGUGUUGAAUGGAAAUGGACUGCGGACGGGUCCGAUGCACGUAGGAGAGGACCUCAAUUCCAUGAAUGGUGUGUGUGUGUGUGUGUGUGACCAAAUGAACAUGACGUUCUCCAACGACAUACAUAUGUUGCUGUGUGAAAUAUGAACACAUACAUCUACAAUUCAUAUUCGUUGAGGACCUGUGGAUGUACGUAUGGAUAUAUGUAUGGAUGGAUGAGUGCGCGCGCACACGCAGCGCAGCGGUACCGUUCUGACCUGCUGCGCCGAAUUGCGCAGCUGUCGGCCGGGAGAGUCCUGUCUUAUUUUCUCUGCGUAUCAUCCGGGGGUCGUGGGUUGUAAUCGGAAGAGACACCAUCGUGAUGCGGAGGCGUCUAAAAUCAGGGUUGAAAGCCAACGACUGUGAGAGUCCGUCGGACCGCAUCUGAUGGUGGUCUCUCUUCCACAAGAGAAUAAUAUCCACUCCUGACCUACUGUGAAGAACAAUCUUUGAUUCAAUCAAUGCUGCUGCCUCCCUUGGGGGGGAAUUAUUCCUGAGCAAUAGGUGAACGCUGAGAAAAGAGCACCAGUGGACCAUGUGAUACUUGACCUUCAAGGAGACGUACUCCAAGAAGAUGUCAAAUCAGAUCUGAAGCUUCUCUCGAGAGGAUCACCUAGCUCAUCAAGCUCUUCAUGUGUUGUUUGCUGAUAAGCGCACACCAUGGCCAAGUGAAGAGGGCUAUUUACCGAUGCUGGGUCUUCAUUUGCGGAGGAGUAGCAGACAUCACAGUAUGAAUGUGAAGUUGAUUUUGCUCACGGUGAAGCGCUUGUGAGUUUGGGGGUUGACGUUGGAUUAAAUUGUGUGCGCCUGCAAACCCCAUGGUGGACUUGCUGUGAGCCGGGACGAGGGACUCAGCAGUGGAGGAUGUCAGCAGAGGCCGAGCUCCAGCCGGGUGUCAAAACCAGCCAGCGAAGGGAGUCCAGGAGGAUAAAAGGUCAGGACCGCAGCGAGGCGGGGCUUAUUAAGCGUUUCCGUGGAGAUGGCGUGCGCUACAAGGCCAAGCUGAUCGGGAUUGAUGAGGUGACAGCAGCACGCGGGGACAAGCUGUGCCAGGACUCCAUGAUGAAGCUCAAGGGCAUGGCUUCAUCUGCACGUUCCAAAGGGGAGCACAAGCAGAGAGUCUUCUUGACGGUCUCCUUCGGAGGGAUCAAGAUUUACUGUGAAAGAUCAGGGGUGCUACUGCAUCACCACUCUGUCCAUGAAAUCAGCUACAUCGCCAAGGACACCAGAGACCACCGGGCCUUUGGUUACGUUUGCGGAAAAGAGGGCCACCAUAGGUUUGUGGCCAUCAAGACCUCACAGUCGGCGGAGCCUCUCAUCAUUGACCUGCGUGAUCUUUUCACGCUCAUCUACGACAUUAAGCAGCGGGAAGACAUGGAGAAAAAGGCCCAGAAGGACAAACACUGUGAGCAGGCGGUCUACCAGACCAUCCUGGAGGACGAAGUGGACGAUCCAGUUUACCAGUACAUAGUGUUUGAGGCUGGACACGAACCCCUCCGUGGCCCCCAAUCAGAGGAGAGCGUUUAUCAGGUCCCAACCAGUCAGCAGAAGGAAGGCAUCUAUGAUGUCCCCAAACGCCAUUUCAUGACUAAUAUCAACCACUUCGAUCUUUUCGGAGACAUGUCCACUCCUCCCUCGAUGCCUCCAUCACCUGCCAACACGCUGGACCCAAGCAGGAGCAGCCGCCAGCAGCAGCAGCACAAUCCUGCUGAGAUGUACGCCCCCUUCAGCCCAACCUCGGUACCGUCAGGUUAUAUGACCAUGGGCCCCGUGCAAGCGUCCCAGUGGGCGCAGCAGCCGUUUCCUGCCCAGGCUCAGACCCUAGCCUUCCCCGUGCAGGGGCCCCUCCAGGUGGCCCAGGUCCUCCCCGGAGGUCAGCCCGUCAUCUGGAGCCAGGCUAACAUUUUCCGAGCCACGCAGCAGCAGUGGGCGGCCAUGGCGGCCUACAUGCCGGCCCAGACUGUGGGCGUGGGGGGCCACGCCAUCCCAGCUGCCAUGCUCCAAGGCCUGGUACCCAUUACCACAGUGUGCCCCCAGGCCUGCGAUUUAUCCGCCCCUUCCUCGGCCAUCACCAGCCCCCAGCACACGGCCGACCCCGCCCUGCUUCAGAGGCAGCUUAGCCUGGGGAAAGACGGGCUGUGCAUGGACUUGGACGCGGGCGAGGGCCCGUCUACAUCAGGAGUGGCGCCCAGCGGGGUGUCGGUGAGCAGGUGUGGGACCCCAGGCCCUGUUUGCGCACCGGACGAACUUGUCUGCAGUCAUCUGUUGCCACCCGCUGUUGCUGCAAACCUCGAAGAGGAAGGCAGUGACCUUGAUCUGUCUCGGAUGACCUUGAGCCCCGGUACCUCCACAUCGCCGUCUACUGAAUCCCCGUCAACUCCAGCUCUCCAGCAGAGCUCCUCCUCAGACGGACCCCCUACCCAAGCUUGCGACCUCCCGACAGAUUACCUUGCAGAGCCCGAGGGCGACUCCGGACAUGCCAAGGAGGAACAGUCGGACUCUCCUGUCGCCAGGUCGCCGUCUCCAUUGCCCGAUGGAGGCGGUGAUCCAUGUGAGGAUCAGGCCUGUCCUCAGGAAGACAGCUAGAGAACACCACACAUCGGGAGAUGGGGGGCCUCUGAAGGUCGCAAGAGAAGCUUGCAAGAAAUCAAGGAAAGUUGUCAAGAGACGGAUUAAAAGGAAGACUUGGCCACACAUUGAACUCCUCACCAUGGCAACCAGCCAGCCUGUGGGCUCUCUCUUUCAUCCAAUCAAGUAACCUUUCAGCCAGGAAGUGACCUUUCAUCUUUGAACCCCAAAAUGACACAGGACCGCACGUAGGAUGACCAAGAUAAGCCGUGCUGAUGUUGCUCGCUAAUAAUUAUUAUUAUUUUUAUUUUUUUUGAGACUUCCGGGGGGGGGGACCUUGACGCUGUGGACCGCCACCAGCAAAAGACUGCGAGAUGCUGGAUGCUGCGUUCAUGUGCAUGAGAGCAAACAUGUGUGGGCUCCGCUGUGCAAAAAACUCUUCCUUGCGGCUUUCUUUUUAUCAUCUCGUCUUCUUUUAUCAGUCAUCCGGUUCAAUCACUAAAUGGCUUUCAGGCAUCGAUGGAAAAAAAAAAAAGCAAAUUUGCCAAACUCUUAUUGUGUAAAUAUUCCUCCCAGCGUCCAACCUGUGCCAUAGUCGCUGUCUGCCUCUUGGAUGCCAACUUCCUGUGUCACUCUCAAACCAGCACCUCCGCCUUUGACAUCUGGGUGUUUGUUUGUGCUGCCAUUUUUUGUUCUUUUUUAAUUUUUUUUACGUUUUUAGGUUGCGAUAUGAACUGUGAAUAUGUGUUCCAUUUCUCUAUCAAAAUAAAGCCUCUAAAAGAGGCCUUGCACUUGAAGGAAAAAUAAUGACAUCACUCCAGCAGACGCCGUGGCUACAAAAAAAAAAAAAAAAAAAAGGUCACGGAUAUCGGGCAAUCCAUCUCUUUGUUGUUUUCGUCUUCUGCUUUUUGGGAAUACUGUACGUACGUCCUCCUCCCCACUGGAUCAAACCGCUGGAAGAUUUGUAUUUAUAUGGCUGAAUACCGCCCAAGUACUGCUAUAAAUUGCUAGAGUUACACUGGAAAAAAAAAACUGUACCCCCCUGCUUGUGUAUGGAAAUAUGAAAUAGUCCAAAAUAUUUUGUAAAUUUUAUUUAUGGAUUUAAGAAAUAUGAAAAAGGGACUUUUGUACGUCUAUUUCCCGCCCCCCCUGCGCAUACACUGUACCCGUGCCACUGUUAAGUCACAAAUAAAAUAUCAUGACAAUUUC